UUAGGUAUCUGUUCGAUAGAAACGAAGUUCUCCAGAAUUCGGAACCAAUCAUUUCUUCCGAGAUUCAAGGUAGCAGCAUUUACAGCUGCCAGAUCGAAAGAUGCUAGUUAACGAAUCUGUCGCUCUUGGAUGCACUAUAUCAAGGUUUGUGCGGGGUUCACGGAUAAGAUUGCUUGAAGUUGACAGAAACCUCCAUACUCCAUAGCUGACAUUUUAUCCCAUUUCGAUGCUCUGAGCCUCUGACGGUGGCAAAAUGACGAUGAUGCUUUCAAUCCUUUCCAUUUUUGAGAGCACUCUUACGCACGUGCUACUACACUGAGAUUCGAUCAAGAGAACGCGAUAUUAUCAUAAUGGAUCAGGAUGGACCUGCAACCUUGAGUGAGCUGCGCUCGCAACAUGCCGCGAAUUCGGCGAUACAGGCCAGCUUCGCUCCGUCCUUUCCAUCAUCUGCCGUCGGCUCAGUGUUUCGGAUGUGGACCGUGUGGUGUAGGUGCUGUCCGCCAUUAAUGGUGUACGAGCACCGUUUUCGGUCCUGCACCGUUACGUCAAGAGCUUUCAUUGACGUCGUCGUUGUAAUCGAUGAGGGAUUAUGGUCUUAACGGUGUCCCCAUCUGCCAUGAUAAAUGGCGCCGAUGAGUCCUGGUUCAGCGCAGUAUGGAGACUGUUCAGUGUUCACAAGGUGCCCAACAGAGAGACCAUAAAUCCAUGCCAUACAAGCCGCUGCACUACACUAUGAUAGCUACAGCCAUCGCCUUACUGGCCCUUACAUGUGCGGUUGCGCCGUGGAUGUAAAUGGGGAUUAAAACGUUUUUCACUUCUUUGUUGGACAAGAAACUGUAUUCAUCUUAUCCAGAAAUUUUACUGGAAUCCGCUUUGGUGCUGUGGUUUGUGUGUCAAAUUUGUUUGAAGUUUGGACUGCAGAUUCUUCCGGAAUGGCGAUCCAAUCGAUUAGACGCCGACAAAAUGAAUGCUUUCGAUUAUUGGCUCGAGCUGUCUGGAUUGAAGGUUGACGCAUGCUUCUGGGAUGGCGCCAUGUCGGGAUGGAUACAGCAGAAUUCGACCGUUGCCAGUUUGGAAUCCAACGGUACGAGUGAGGUUCUUCCCCUUUCCUCGACCGGAAUGCUGGGUUACGUGGUUACUCUGGUGACCAUCGUUCUUGCGGCCAUCUUAAGCAUCUCGUUAGUUUUCCUGGCAGUCGUCAACCGCCAGUGGAAGUAUUCUUCAUCGAAGGACCAACUGCCAUACUUUCGAAGAUGGAAGGCGCUGAUCCAAAAGAGCAUUGGCUGCGCCGCCGAAAUUCAUCUGCCCGAUAAGUUACUUAUCGUGGUGUAUGUCUUGAUCGGCAUCGUCAGCUUCGUCGUCUACUACCCCGGUUGGGUGAUCUUCAACGCUCUGACAGUACUUCUGGCGUGGGUGUUUGUAACACUGGCUAUAAAUGUUUCCGGCCCAUCCGCGGUAUUUCCUGGCUGCAUCCUCUUUGCCAGCAUACUGGCCGUUUAUUGCACCGGCCGAAUUUGGGGAUUGUGGAUGAACGACACCUAUGGUUCACUGGUGAUUAAGGGAUUCAGAAAACUGACUUCUCCGAAAUCCACCGAGAAACCUUCAUCAAGCUGGGCUUCGGUGAAAAAGGAAGUUGCGGGCAGUGACAGAAACCAAGGAAGAGGACGCUGGAGACGUGCAGCAUGCUGCAUGGUUGCCUUUUGCAUUGGAUGCUUUGUCGUCUAUCACAACGUUUGGCCUUUGUUUAAACAAUUUCCGCUCGUCCAUCAAUGGAUGAGCAGCUCCUGCAACUGCAAACCCGGAAGUGGCAACUGGACGUAUUGGCGCGUUGUCAAUACAACGGGAAGCUGCAAUAAAGCCGGAACACGUUUCAGCCAAGAAACCACGAUGCUGUCAUACUGGGUUGAUCUACAAUCGCAUGAAUUGCGUACGGCCCCUAGCGGCAAUUCGGAGCUGCUGAUCAGCUUCACUCCGUCCUUCUCACCAGCCGUCGGCUGGACGUACUUGGUAUGGUGUGGGGUGCUGUCCGGCGCCAGCGGUAUAGUGGUUAUAACCCUGCGUUACGCGAUAUGGAGCAUGAUUUGCUACAUCGUUUUGUGGGUCUUAUGGCUGCUCUUACGUUCGGGUGUUCGUGCUUGCCAUAAAAAAUACCGUCGAUACGUGUCAACCGAACGAAGCAGGAACCCCGACUACAGGAAACAAUCGCAGCUAUUAAAUGCGGACGAUGCGGCACAGGUGACCGCUGCCCUGCACAACGCGCCAUCAGCUGGUUUCCCGGAGUCGUCUAUCGAUGAAACUUCUGUCUGCACGGCACCUUCCGAUCAUUUGCAAGGAAACACCAUUGCCAACCCAGGAUUUCUGGAAGCAAAGGGCAAUCGCAGUGUGCAAGUGGCUAUCGAAUGUGCACCCCAGGCACCUACACCCAAAGACGCAGAUCAGAUAGAAGACUUCUUGGGCGAGAUAUGGGGUUAUAGGAAGUUACCCCUGCUGCUCGUCAUUUGUCCCUUAUUCUGCGGCUGGGUGCUCCCGUAUCCCCUGGUGGGACUCUUCCUGCCUGAACGUUUGCAGCUGCCCGGCUUGCUGUUGCUGCUGACGGCAUGCUCGAUUUGGAUGUACUGCAAGCUGGUGCAGUUUGUCCGGUUGACGUGGCGUGAUUGGUGUUGCUGUGCAAAAAAACUGGAAGGGUGUUGCGUUGGUGGAAAGCGCGCAGGACAAUCCAGCCCAGACGAGGAGGAGUGCGUUCGUCUUUCCUAAAUAAUUCAGUUGGUUUCCGACUGUUCAGUUUCUGUUAGAUUGCCGGUAUCGGACAAGAUUAUCAUUAAAAGUCUUAAUUUCUGUGCUCAUUAAUAGUGAAGUUUUCGUCCAUUUCUAGUUCGGAGAUUGAACGAAUUUGACAGGCAGAAAGACAUAAUAAAAAUGCGUGAGUAAAAA